UCUCACAAUGUCAGGCAUCAAAGGAACUAAAUGCAAAGCUCUAUUACGAGUUCUGGUUCCGUGGGUUUUAUUGACCAAUAUCAUCCUGGCGCUGUACUGCUUGACAAACCCAAGCCAAGUGAAACUCAGGGAGUCCCAAGAAGACACGUGCCCCCUAAACAUGGGCAAAUUACAGAAGAAAAGUUUGAUCACGCAGUCUCACUCAAAAGAGUGCUCACCUAGAACAAACAUCAUGUUUAUGAAGACACAUAAAACUGGUAGUAGCACCAUCUUAAAUAUCCUCUUCAGGUUUGGAGAAAAGCACAAGCUCAGGUUUGCGUUUCCUGAUGGGCGCAAUGACUUCUUCUACCCUUCGCCGUUCCUGUGCUCCCAGGUGAAGGACUACAGACCUGGAGAAUGUUUCAACAUUGUUUGCAACCACAUGCGCUUUGAUCAUCAAGAGGUAUCUAAGCUCCUGCCCCCAGACAGCGUGUACAUCACCAUCUUGCGUGACCCGGUGGAUCUCUUCGAGUCUUCUUUUCAUUACUACCACAGAGCAGUUCCCCUUACGUGGAAAAUCAGAGGAGAGAAUAAACUGACAGAGUUUCUGAACAGCCCUCGGGCUUUCUACAGUCCGGAGGCUUUUAACUCAUUUUACCUUAAAAAUGUGCUCUUUUUUGAUUUUGGUUUGGAUAACAACCUCGAGGCGGAUGAUCCUCGUGUCAUGAAAGAAAUUAAAAACUUAUCAAAGCGCUUUCAUCUGGUCCUCAUAGCAGAAUAUUUCGAGGAGUCUCUUAUUCUGCUGAAGGAUUUGCUCUGUUGGACAAUGGAGGACAUACUGUACUUUAAGCUUAAUGCUCGCAGGAGCUCAUCUAAGUCUCACCUGGAUGCUGAGAUGAGAGUCAAAGCCUUACAGUGGAAUGGGGCUGACUGGAAACUCUAUCAGCAUUUUAAUGCUACCCUCUGGGCCAGAGUCGAGGCUUAUGGGAGAGAAAGAAUGAAGCAGGAGGUAGAGGAGCUGAGGAGAAGAAACGCUGAGAUGAAGGACAUCUGUAUUGAAGGCGGACGUGCAGUUGAAGCACAAAAGAUUGAGAACAGCCGUUUCCUGCCCUGGCAGCCAGUUGGAGAAACUUCCAUCCUGGGUUACAACAUGAAGAAAGAUACUGAUCCGAGAUUCAGGACACUGUGUGAAAAAAUGCUCACACCUGAAAUACAGUACUUAUCAGAGCUGGGUGUAAGCCUGUGGAUAACAAGACUAUGGGGGUGGUUAAAAGAUGCUAUCUACUGA